GUUAUGUGUGGGGGAGGGGUUGGCUACCGAAUCUCCGAAGAGACCCCGAGGGGCUUCAGACAGCCAUGUGAGUGAAGGUAUUUUUCCACACUUGGAGGUGACCCAAGAGAAGGAGAUGGAAGAGGAGGAUCCAGAAGGACCUGGAAUGGGCAAGAGAUCAAGGGAAAGUCCUCAUCCCACCCAGGUUGGGAGUGACAUGGAAUAUUGGGAACAGGCUGUGCCAGAGAUCCUGUCUCAGGACACAAUGACUGCAGAUGCACGCAAUCGAUGCUUCCGGCAGUUCUGCUACGAUGAAGUCGAUGGACCCCGUGAGGUUUGCAGUCAGCUCCAUGGACUUUGUAACCACUGGCUGGAGCCUGAGAAGCGCACCAAAAAGGAGAUCCUGGACCUGGUGAUCCUGGAGCAGUUCAUGGCCAUUCUGCCCCAGGAAAUGCAAUGCUGGGUCAGAGGAUGUGAACCAGAGACCAGUUCCGAGGCAGUGGCCCUGGCGGAAGGUUUCCUCCUGAGCCAGGCGGAGGAAAAAAGACAGGCAGAGCAGAUAUGGGGACUAGCUGUAAAGAUGGAAGAGAAGUUUUGUGAGGCAGAAAGAGUUCCAUCAGAGGAGAGUCAGAGGGCACAGACCCAGAAGCAUACCCAAGAUAUCCUGUCAAGAGGCAGAGAAAAGAUGUUGUCAAGUUGUCAUCUUUGGAGUGGAGUGCAAACGCCGGCUCCCUCUCUGGUCCAGUCUCCCUUUUCCUUUGAGGAGGUGGCUGUGUAUUUCACCGUGGCUGAGUGGGCCCUUCUGGAUCCAGGCCAAAAAACUCUCUGUAGGGAAGUCAUGCUGGAGAACUAUGGGAAUGUGGCCUCUCUGGAAGCCAGGAAUGUAAGAGGAACUGCAGUGGAGAGAGCUGAAGGCCUUGUGUCUGAAGAACGGCUGGAGAGUUUCUUAGGAAGAUCUCAAGAGCCUCUUUCUUUCCCAAAUGAGCUGCCUGCUACAGCAGAUGUAAAGGAGACAGCUGGGGAAUUCCAGGGAUUCUCUUUGAAACAUGUCAAGAAUGAAAAUGCCGAAGGAAACUUUGGAGACAGAAACAGACUACAGAAGCAUGAGAAAAGCCACACAGCAGUAGAUUUAGAGACAGCUGGGGAAUUCCAGGGAUUCUCUUUGAAAAAUGUCAAGAAUGAAGAUGCUGAAGAAAACUUCAGAGAUGGAUUACGGAGGCAGGAAAGCCACACAGGGGAUGAUCAGAAGAAUGAGGAGGGUGAGGAACUGCCUCUUCUAUUGCCUGAUGAAAUCAAGAAUGAAGACGUGAGGAAAGACUUUAGGAAUCAAGGAAGACCUAAAAGGCAGAAAGGCAGCCGCAUAGCCAAGAGGAGGGGUAAGCCUAUCCCUUGCCAAGGAGGGGAUUUCCAAGAAGUCAUUCAUAUGGUGGAGGAAAAAGACAAGGGCUUGGAGUGCAAAAUGGAUGUCUCAGAUCAAACCCAAUACAAUGUUCGUUUUCCAAUGCACAGUGCAAAGAAGACUAAUGAAUGCCUGGAGUGUGGAAAGACCGUGAUUCACAGAGCAAAGCUCUGCAGACGUGGAAGUGUACAUGCAAGAGAGAAACCUUAUAGGUGCUCAGACUGCGGCAAGAGCUUCGCAAGGAAAUCACACCUUGUUCAGCACCAAAGGAUUCACUCAAGAGAAAAGCUAUUUAUUUGCUCAGAGACUGGAAUGGCAUUUUCUGAUGAAAGAAAGCGUAAUGUAUGUUUUCCAAAGGACAGUACAGUGAAGGCACAUAAAUGCUUUGAAUGUGGAAAGUACUUCAAAUACAGGUCACUGCUCAUUAUGCACCAAAAGAUCCACACAGGGGAGAAGCCCUUUGAAUGCUCGGAGUGUGGGAAGAGAUUCGGUCGAAUUGGCCAUUUUCAACAGCAUCAACGAAUCCACACAGGGGAGAGGCCCUUUGAAUGCUCAGAGUGUGGGAAGAGAUUCAGUCACAGUGGCACUCUUCAACAGCAUCAACGAACCCACACCGGGGAGAAGCCCUUUGAAUGCACAGAGUGUGGGAAGAGAUUUGGUCACAGUGGCACUCUUCAACAGCAUCAACGAACCCACACAGGGGAGAAGCCCUUUGAAUGCUCAGAGUGUGGGAAGAGAUUCAGUCACAAUAGCACUCUUCAACAGCAUCAACGAACCCACACAGGGGAAAAGCCUUUUCAAUGCUUAGAGUGUGGAAAGAGAUUCAGUCGGAGUAGCAAUCUUCAACAGCACCAACGAACCCACACUGGGGAGAAGCCCUUUGAAUGCUCAGAGUGUGGGAAGAGAUUCAGUCGGAGUGGCACUCUUCAAGAGCAUCAACGAACCCACAUGGGGAGAGGUCUUCUGAAUGCUCAGAAUGUGGGAAGAGAUUCAGUCACAGUAGCACUUUUCAGCAGCAUGACUGAAUCCACAUGUGGAGAAGCUCUUUGAAUGCUCAGAGUGUGGACAGUGAUUCUGCCAGAGUGGUGCUCUUCAACAACAUCUAAGAACUCAGAUAAGGAGAAACCAUGUGACUACUUAGCCUAGAUUUGUCAAACUCAUUUUUCAUGAGGACCAAAUUGGACUUAAAUGUCUCUUUGUCAGACUGAACCAUGAAAUGUAAUGCCAGGUACUAGAGAUAUGAACUUCAGAAAGGACUGAGGCAGAUCCAAUUAAUGAUACUAUUUUUUACACAAAAUUCACACAGCCUUACAGUAUUCCCUUUGUUUAACAGUAUUUGAUAUCUUGUUCUGAAUUUUUGCAUCUGAAUUUGGAGCCAGCGUCUGUGCUUCAGCAAUCUUGAGUAUGCUAUUUAGUUGUUUAUAUUUAAGGUAAGAAUGUACUUUUGAUUUAUGGAUGUUUAUUACAGAAAAGAGCUGUUCACAGACGUAUGUUGUCCAGGUUAUAUUUAUUGAUUUAUUGUGUGGCAGAGUUACACACAGGAAGCAUAUCAUAAUGUGAAAUAAAUAACCAAGUUGAA